AUCGAUGACAUUGCGGACGGCGCGGUGAAACCCCCUCCGAACAAGUAUCCCAUCUUCUUCUUCGGCACCCACGAGACAGCCUUCUUAGGCCCUAAAGAUCUCUUCCCUUAUGAAAAAUAUAAAGACAAAUAUGGCAAACCAAACAAGAGGAAAGGUUUCAACGAGGGACUGUGGGAAAUCCAGAACAACCCUCACGCCAGUUACAGUGCCCCUGCGCCCGCGAGCUCCUCCGACAGCGACGUCCCCGACAACGACCCCAUGGCGGGAAGCGAUGCCGGAGACGACGAGGAAGACUCUGCCAUGGCUGCAAUCCCCACGGAGAAGGUGGAUAGUGAUGAGGACUCGGAUCGAGGCAGUGACCACAGUGGGCUCAAGCGAAAAUCGUUGGCCAUGAAGAUGCAAGUGACAAAACGGCCUCGGAAAUCCUCCAGUGACCUGGAUCAGGGCAGCCCCUCCGUGACGGACGAGGAGAACUCGGAAACAUCUUCUGAGUCGGAAAAAAACAGUGACCAG